GUUUUGUGUGCCUCCUCUGGAGACGCCCAUUCCCAGUCCAACACACACCCGGAUCCGUCUCUCCUCCCUCUUCAGCAGCUACAUUUUCCUGCCCUGAUGUCGGAUCACCGCCGCUCUUCUACCGCAACAGAUGUCUGAGAGCUAGCCAGCUGAGUAGAGGACUCACCUCUCUGCCCGUGCUCUACACCUGCAGCCAUGAAUGGCGGAGCCAGCGUGUGGGCCAUCACUCCAGAGGAGAGGGGGAAACACGACAAACAGUUUGACACCCUCACCCCCGUCCUCGGCUAUGUCUCAGGGGAACAAGCCAGGAAAUUCUUCCUCCAGUCUGGCCUGCCUCCUUCUGUCCUGGCUGAGAUCUGGAAUCUAGCUGACAUGGACAGUGAUGGGAAGAUGGACAGACACGAGUUCUCCAUCGCUAUGAAGCUCAUUAAACUCAAACUUCAGGGGCGGAACUUACCAUCUGUUUUGCCAAUCACCAUGAAGCAACCUCCCGUCUCCAAUUCUACUUCAAGCAUCCCUUCAUCGGCACGUUUUGGAAUGGGUUCAAUGCCGAACCUGUCAAUCGGUCUGUCAUCCAUGUCAGCUAUGUCAGCCAUGCCCAUCCUAACACCCAUCUCGGCUAACCCCUCCAAGCACUCUGUGCAAACCCUGGUGCCAACGCCAAUGACUCUGCCUCUCAUCAGCUGUCUGGGAAACUGUGGACUCCCCAACGGCAAUGUCAACCUCCUCACCCCGCCUCUUGUUCCCAACAAUACAGCGCUCCCUCUCUCUGGCUUCUCCUCUCCCAUGGCGUUCUCUCCGUCCACCGGCAUGUCAAAGGCCAACUCUCUUCUAGACCUCGGAUCCAGCAGUUCAAAUUCUUCCUCCACCACGUCGUUGGCCAGCAACUCUCCGAAGACGGGCGCGAGCGACUGGGCCGUACCGCAGGGCUCCAGGCUAAAGUACCGUCAGCAGUUCAACACGCUAGACAAGCUCAUGAGUGGCUACUUGUCUGGACCUCAGGUUAGAAAUGCGCUGAUUGCAUCCAACCUGACCCAGACUCAGCUUGCUACCAUCUGGACUUUGGCAGAUGUGGAUAAGGACGGUCAGCUACAAGCUGAUGAGUUCAUUCUGGCCAUGCACCUGGUGGACAUGGCCAAAACUGGCCGACCUCUACCGCUCACGCUGCCUCAAGACCUGGUGCCUCCCUCUCUCAGAGGAGGAGUCAAGCCCAGUGAGCUUGUUAAUGGAACGGGGCCCUACAUAACUGUUGGCCCCUGUUUAAUAGACACGCCGGAGAUAGAACCUGCACAAAAGACCAAGAGCAGUGUGUCCUUCGAGGACAAGCUGAAAGCGAACUUUGCGCGAGGCAGCAUGGAGCUGGAGAAACGCCGACUGGCUCUGGAGGAAGAGAGGAGAAAGGAGAGGGAGAGGAGAGACAGGGAGGAGAGGGAGGCUCACGAGAGGCGGGAGAGGGAGGCGAGGGAGCAGGAGAACCGGAGGAGGCUGGAGGAGGAGAGGCGGUUGGAGAGGCAGAGGGAGAUGGAGAGGCAGAGGGAGGAGGAGAGGCUGAGAGAGCUGGAGAGGAAGGAGGCGGCAAAGCAGGAGAUGGAGCGCCAGCGGAGGGACGAGUGGGAGCGCGGGAAGAGAGAGGAAAUGGGCAGGAGGAAAGAGGGGGAGCAGGAAGAGAUCUCCCGACUCAGGGCCAAAAAGAAGAGUCUAGAGUUGGAGCUGGAGGCUGUGGGCAACAAGCACAAGCAGAUCUCAGACCGUCUCCGCGACGCUCAGAGCAAGAGGCGGAUUCUGAAGGCAGAGGUGGACCUCGUCAAUCAGAAGAGGGACUCGCGCAUCAUAGAAAUCAACACGCUGCAGCUUCAGUUUGAGGACUGGCAGAGGAAGCUCUCCCAGCUGGUCCCGGAACAACAGAGGCUGACAGAGAAGCUGCGAAACAUCAACCUCAACAAACUCUCCCCGGAGACUCUGACCUCUAUGACCGGGAGUGUGACGGAGAAAGGUGUGAAUUGUCGGCGGCUGAAGGACCAGCUCGACACUCUGGAGAGGGAGACCACAGACAAACUGGCCCAGAUGGAGCAGUACAACAAGGAGCUUAAGCUUGGGGAUAUGGAUGACUGUGUCCUGCGGGGCCUUCUGUCUCUGCUGGCCUGCCUCAGCCAGCUCUUCCUUCUCAUCAAGGAGCUGAGGGAGAAGCAGGUGAGGCAGCAGGCUGUCCUGGACGACCUGCACCGAGUCAAAGAGGAGAAACUGAGGGAGCUGCAGAGGCGCAGGGAGGAGGAAAAAGAGAGGAAGAGGAGGGAGGAAGAAGAGGCAGCCAGACAGGCCAAGCUAGAGCAAGAGAGAAGAGAGAAGGAGAGGAGCGAGAAGGAGGAAGAGGAGGCCCGCCAAAGGAGGCUCCUGGAGGAGCAGAUGGCCAGACAGAGGGAGGAGGAGGAGAGGGAGGCACAGACUCGCCUCCGAGCAGCCCAGGAGAAAGCACAGGAAGAGGAGAGAAGAAGGAGAGAGGAGGAGGAGGAGAAGAGGAAGAGGGAGAAGGAGGAGGAGGAGGAAAGGAAACGGAAAGAGGAGGAGGAGAGGAGGAGGAAAGAAGAGCAGGAAAGAGGAGGACAUCAGCCGGUGUUGAUACCUCAGCGACCCUCCAAGCUGACAACGUAUAGGGCUCUGUACUCGUUUGUUGCCCGAAACGCAGAUGAGCUGAGUCUAGACGCAGACGGCCUUAUAGAGGUGGAUGAGCAGACGGUCGGUGAGCCCGGCUGGUUGUGCGGGAGUUACCGUGGAAACAGGGGCUGGUUCCCCCAGAGUUAUGCAGAGAAAUAUCCUGCACCCUCUACUACUGAGACUACUGCCCCUUCUUCACCUGGGAAGAUGUCCUGUCCGCCGCCACCACCACUUAACACAGGAGUCCCAGAUGGGGAGGUAGUGUGUGACAGCGCUGUUCCCGCCCAAUCAGACGCAUCACAGUCCUCCGUCCCUCUGUUGGCUCGAGCCGUCUCCUCGUGGUCCGCCACCUCGGAAACCCACCUCAACCUCUCCUCCGGCAUGGGUGACGUCAUCACUGCGCUGCUGAGCUUCUCACAGGGUGACAUCAUCAGCGUGCUGCAGCAGAGAGAAGACUGGUGGUUGGGACAGCUCAACGGGACACAAGGAUGGUUCCCCAAAAGCUACGUCACUGUGGAGACGGGUGGCAAUACAGAUGUGGAUGCAUUUGACACAUCCGACUCUGUUCAGCUAGAGGACUUUGUGGCCUUGUACACGUAUGAGAGCCCAGAGGCGGGGGACCUGACGUUUGUUGAGGGAGAUGUUGUCAUGGUGACGGAGAGAGAAGGAGAGUGGUGGCGAGGAUGCAUCGGGGAUCAGACCGGGGUUUUCCCCUCCAACUAUGUCCGACCUGUUGAACCAGAGGUGACAAAACCUGGAGCUCCAAUCAAAAAGCCUGCUUUAUGUGUUUUGUCAACAGAGAUCGCCCAGGCAGUCACCACCGCCGUCGCCCCGACGGUCCAUCAGCUGCAUCUGUCUCCAGGGCAACUGAUCGUGGUCCUGGCUAAGAACUCCACUGGCUGGUGGCUCGGGGAACUGCAGGCUCGAGGCAAGAAGCGGCAGAGAGGCUGGUUUCAUUCCUCUCACGUCAAGCUCCUCGGCCCCACCAGCAGCAAGUCCUCUCCCUCUCCUCUGCCAGUGUGCCAAGUUAUUGCGAUGUACGACUACACGGCUGCCAAUCGGGAUGAGCUGAGCUUCUCCAAAGGUCAGCUGAUCAGCAUCCUGGACAAGACCAACCCUGACUGGUGGAAAGGAGACGCCAAUGGGGUCACGGGCCUGCUGCCCACCAAUUAUGUCAAGAUGACAACAGAAUCAGACCCCAGCCAGCAAUGGUGCGCUGACCUGAUGACGUUGGACACCAUGACCCCUCAGGAGAGGAAGAGGCAGGGUUACAUCCAUGAGCUCAUCCAGACUGAGGAGACCUACGUGGAAGACCUGGAGCUGGUUCUAGAGGUCUUCUACAAGCCCAUGUCUGAGUCAGGCCGUCUAACAGAAGCUGAGAUGGGAAUGAUCUUUGUUAACUGGAGGGAGCUGAUUAUGUGUAACACCAAACUACUCAAGGCGCUGCGUGUCCGCAAAAAGAUGGAAGGAGACAACAUGCCGGUUCAGCUGAUAGGGGACCUGUUGGCUUCGGAGCUCGCGCACAUGCAGCCCUACAUUCGCUUCUGCUCCUGUCAGCUCAACGCCGCUGCCCUGCUGCAGAACAAAACCCAGGACCAGCCUGACUUUAAAGACUUCCUCAAGAAGAUAGCCACUAACUACCGCUGUAAAGGGAUGCCACUGUCCAGCUUCCUCCUCAAGCCCAUGCAGAGGAUCACACGCUACCCGCUGCUCAUAAAGAACAUCCUGGAGCACACCCCAGAUGGUCAUGCGGACAAAGGCCCACUGAGAGAAGCUCUGGAGCGGGCCGAGGAGCUGUGCUCUCAGGUCAACGAGGGGGUCCGGGAGAAGGAGAACUCCGACAGGCUGGAGUGGAUCCAGAGCCACGUGCAGUGCGAGGGUUCUAUUGAGCACUUGGUCUUCAACUCGCUGACUAAUUGCCUCGGGCCUCGCAAGCUGCUCCACAGCGGUCGGCUUUACAAAACCAAAAGCAGCAGGGAGCUGUGGGCUUUCCUCUUCAAUGAUUUGCUGCUCCUCACACACAGCGCCAAACCCUUCUCUUCCUCGGGACCAGACAGGCUAUUCAGCCUCAAGACCAACAUACAGCUGAAGAUGUACAAAACACCACUGUUUCUAAAUGAGGUUUUGGUGAAAAUGCCCCCGGACCCGUCCAGCGACGAGCCGCUCUUCCACGUCUCACACAUCGAUCGCGUCUACACACUCAAAACUGAGACCUUGAACGAGAGGACAACCUGGGUCCAGAAAAUCAAAGCAGCAUCAGAACAUUUCAUAGAGACGGAGAAGAAGAAGAGAGAGAAGGCUUACCAAGCACGUUCCCUAAAGUCCAGCGGUAUCGGCCGGCUGCUGGUAACCGUCACUGAAGCCCAGGAGCUCAAAGCCUGUAAACCCAACGGUAAGAGCAAUCCGUACUGCGAGCUGACGAUGGGAGCUCAGUGCUACACCUCCCGACCGAUCAGCGACACUCUGAACCCAAAGUGGAACUUCAACUGCCAGUUCUUCAUCAAAGACCUCUACCAGGACAUCCUGUGUAUCACCGUGUUUGAGAAAGACCAGUUCUCACCUGAUGAUUUCCUGGGCCGUACUGAAGUUCCCGUGGCGACCAUAAAGAAAGAGAUGGAGAGCAAAGGUGCCGCAAACCGUCGCCUGCUGCUGCACGAGGUCCCUACUGGAGAAGUUUGGGUCAAACUAGACCUGCAGCUUUACGAGCCAACCAAAUGAGGACAACACACAGCCAAAAACACACCCUCACACACACACACACACACCACUUCAUUUUAUAGUAAUGAAGAGAAGACAUUUUGCAUAAGCACAAACAGCCACACACACCUAAACGUGCCUAUUUGUAGGCGUGCAAGGGUUGCCUUGAAAAACUCUGGAUUUUACCGUCAUUGCCUUUAUUCUGCCUUGAGCCACCCAGACCCAUUUAAGUGACCUUGACCCAUUUAAGUGACCUUUAACAGAAAGGGAAGGAGACCUUGCCAGAAAUGGAGCGACAAACUGAUAAAGCAGUAAUGUAUUGUGGAAAAAGGGGUGUUCCUUUUACCAACAAACCAGCCAAAAUGCGAAUGUAAUUGGCCUCAGUUAGAUUUGCUAAAUGGUCGAGUUUUGUAACGCACAUAUUUAAAAAUUUCUACACAGGAAUACAGCCUGUCCAACAUGGGUUCAUUUGUUUAUAAGAAGGCAUACAUCCCCUUAAUUAAUACAUUCGCCUUCACACUGCCACGCGUCCUAGUUAUAUAAUUUCAAAUGUUGCACACUACUGUAUAAUGUCAUGUCAAAUGUUAACCCUAAGUAUGCCUGAAAAUGGCAUGAAUAAAAUGUACAUACAGUCAA